GCGAAGCAGCCGACGAGUAAACAGCACGCCCAGCUGCGCUCCCAAACGACAGACAUACCGUACGCACAGUACGCACUCGCACCGUCACCCGCGCUCCAGCAGUGCGUGUCGCAGUUGUUACGCACAGUGCCGCGCCGUGACAGACAGAGCUUCGCAAACCAGGCGUCUACGCGUGCGCGAGUGGUGCCGUCCAAAUUACGUCGCGCGGCGCAGUUCCCGAGCGUGCAACGUGAUCUAGUCGGCCGUGCAACGUGACUGACUUGGCCAGUGAGUGGCUUCGCCCGCGUUAUUUUCCGUGCCACGUUCGCGCGGCAAGGACACGAUCUCGCAACAAACUCGCCCGUGCUUCGUUGCUGUACCGAAUAAAGCACACGAGUGAGUGUUUUCUGUGUGUUGACUGUCAGCUGCUGUGUUUCGUCCCAGAAUACGCCACAAGUGCCGGGGUUGCUCCACUUUUGUGACAUAUCACCCUCACCGGAUCGAAGGCCGUUUCGCCACCACCAUCGCACUCCACAAACGCUACCCCGCCCCCACCAUGAAGGAGGAGCGAGAGGCGCCGUCGACGGCUGCGUCAGCACCGGGCACCGCCUCCCCCGCCUCCGGGGCGACCACCGCGUCCGUAGCGAGCCGCUCCUGCAAGGCGCCGGACUCUGCCUGCUCCGUGGGCAACAGCCAGUCACAGCGCAGCGGCAGCUCCAAGUCCCGCAUCAGCAACUCUAGCGGCAGCAGCGGCUAUGGUGGCCAUCCGUCCACUCUCAGCAGCGGGAACGACGCGUUCCCGCCGCCGCGAUCCAAAGACAAGGACCACCGCAAGAAGAAGCUCAAGGCGGAGCAGGCGCCGCCGGAGGCUCCGUCGGCCUCCUCCGCCCCCACUGCGGAGGCGGCGGCCGCGCCGCUCUCUCGCACCGAGACCGACGCCGCCUCCGCGGCGCAAGCGGGGGCGUCGCCGGCCGGCGCGGCGCCGCCCUCCGCCCCCGAGCUUGCGGAGGAGGCGGCGCCGGCCGCGGAGGCGGACGCCCAGGCGCCGGGGGCGGCGUCGGCUGCCGCCGGGGGCGUCGCGGCGCAGGACGACGCGUCCGCCGCCUUCUCCCAGUCGCUGUCCUGCCCCUCCAGCUCCAACAGCAACGGAGCCGUGGAGGCGGAAGCAGAGGCGUCACCACAGGAUGAGAAGGAGUUUGGCGCGAGAAGUCGCUCUCUGCACCAGGGCCAGACGCAGCCGCAGCAGCCCGCCGCCGGCAAUAAGGACGAGUUAACGGUGGUGGUGUCGAUGCAGGAUGGCGCCGUCAUCUACACGUCUCCGUCCAUCACACAGGCGCUGUCUUUCCCACGUGACAUGUGGGUCGGCAAGUCCUUCAUCGACUACGUGCACCCUGACGACCGGCUGGCCCUCAUACAGAACAUCACUUCAGGCGUCGCACUGCCUCGCCGCAAGGGGGGCAGCAGCGAGUCGUCCGCCAAGGCCCCGUCGCAGGCACCGCUGUUCUGCCGGCUGCGGCGCUACCCGUCGCUGCGUGACGGCUUCGCCGUGGCGGAGCGCCGGCUGGUGCACCGGCCCUUCUCUCUGCAGCUCUCCUUCUACGAGCUGCCCGCCUCCGCCUCCGGGGGCGCGCCCGCCGCCCUGCCCCCCGGCGUGCUCCUCACCGUCACCGCCACAGCCGUCUGCUCGGCCUACACCCGGCCGGACGAGAAGCCGGCGGGCGGCAACAGGUUCUCGACACGCCACCAGGCGGACGGGAAGCUGACGCACGUGGACGGCGAGGCGGUGUCGCUGCUAGGCUACCUGCCGCAGCAGCUGCUGGGGCGGCCCGUCUUCGACAUCUACCACCCGGCCGACCUGCGUGGCCUGCAGCGCGUCUACCGGCAGCUGGUGAGCAAAGAGUGCGAGUCGACGCUGCACGGGGAGCCGUACCGGCUCCGUGCCCACAAUGGCUGCUACGCGCGAGUCCGUACCGAGUGGUCCAGCUUUGUCAACCCCUGGACCAAGCGGCUGGAGUUUGUCAUCGGGCAGCACUGCGUCCUGCAGGGUCCGAGCUGGCCAGACGUGUUUGCGGAGGCUCAAGACGAGGAGAUGUUUGGUGAGGAGCUGCUGCAGGAGAGCAAGGCCGUCCAGAAGGAGAUCCUGCAGGUGCUGCAGGAGGAGGUGUGCCGCGGCGAGCCCGGCACGGACAGGCGCGACAUCUCCAAGCGCUGCAAGGACCUCGCCAGCUUCAUGGAGUCGCUCAUUGGCGAGAUUGGCAAGCCCGAGUUGCGUGUCGAUCGGGCCGCUGCCGCCACUGCCAACCGGAUGAGAGCCAGCUUCUCUGAACGCAGCUCUGUGACGUUGGGCGAGAUAUCGCCACACCGCGACUACUAUGACAGCAAGUCGUCGUCAGAGACGCCGCCCAGCUACAACCAGCUCAACUACGACGACAACAUCCAGAGGUUCUUCGAGAGCAAACCGAAGACGAUCCCGUCAGACGAUUCCGGUGAGCGGCUGAUGGCAUUGGAGCCGACCAGCCGCAGCACUGACGAAGACACCAAGGCUGCCGCCGCUACCAACGACAGCCGUGCCACCAGGAACUGCUUGUCGCCGGUGAAUGACACCGGCUCCGGAUCCAACUCUGGCAGUGGGUCGGGAUCUGCCGGCGUGUCUGCCAACAACGCCAGUGUCGACACCGCGGAGGCCGAGGGAGACUACAAGCCGCCACAGCUCACUGAGGCGCUGCUUUCCAGGCACAACGAAGACAUGGAGAAGAGGAUGGUUCAGCGGCACCGCGAGCAGCGCAGCAAAGGCGGUGACGGGAAGUGCAGGAGGCCCCACCACUGCCAGCCGCCGGUGCUGGCAGACAAGGCGCACGUGGAGAGCGCGGCCCCUCCUGCAGUGGCUGCCCAGGUGCCGGCGGGUGCGACGGCCCACGGGACGAAGCGCAGCGGCAGCCACUCGUGGGACGGCGAGCCGCUCAAGGCCAGCAAGCACUCGCACGCGCCCUCGCCGCCGGCCGCCCCGCCGCCCCCGGCGCCCCUCCGAGACGAAGCGCCGCCGCCUGCCGCUGCGCCGGGCCCGCCCCCGGCGCAGUCGCCUGCCGCCGCCGAGGGUGCGGGGCUGAGCCUGUGGCCGCCGUUCUCUGUGGCGAUGACACCGCUGCAUUCGCCGCAGCCCUGCAAGACGCGAGGGAACUUCUGCACGGGCGGCUGCUCCCACGCGGCCCCGCAGAUCCUGCCGCUGUACUACCUGCCGGCUCCGACGCCUGCCUCCGCCGGCGCCACUCCUGUGGGGAGCGGCGCCCGCCCCCACCGGCAGCCACACGCCCCCGCCGCCUUCCUGCAGCAGCAAGGAGGCCCUCUGCCGUACGUGGCGGCCGGAGUGCUCUACCAGGCGGCCCCGCUGCUGUACCCGCUGGCCCCGCCGCCCCCGCCGUCCCCGUCACACCUGCUGGCGCUGCACCAGCCGCUGCUGCACCACCACCACCAGCAGCACCACCAGCACCCGUCCACCUAUCAGUUGUCAGUGGCGCCGUUAAAAUGGUGUCCGCAACAGUGCCUAACUUUCAAUACUGUUCAUUUUCAAUUUUCGAAAACUGCGGGUACACAAAAUCGUAUUACGGCAGUGCGGGAAUUACGAGAACGUCACAGGGGCCGGCCGCGCCUCCCGUUUUGCCGCACACGCACGCUCUCGCUCUCGCCCUCACUCGAAUUGCCGCGUUUUGCUGUGCCACCACCACCGCAGCCGCUGACUGUCUCUUCUGCCGAGAAGCUGACGGGAGCAGCCAGGAGCGGAGUGUCGGCGUCGGUGCCGCUGCCGGAGUCGGCCUGCCAGCAGAGCUCCGUCGGGCAGCAGCACCAAAACCAGCACCGACAGCACCACCAGUCGUACCAGCACCAGCCACUGCCGCGGCCCGCCUCCUGCGCCACUUCCGUCAAAGUGGAGCCCGGCUCCAGUGCAGCCUCUGUCGCAGCUUCCGUGCUGAACAGGGGCGCGUCAGACGGCUCACAGAAAUGCUGCCGCACAUCGGGCGAGGAGGAGACGGAAGCGGAGGACAGCGGCUCGGGGUCCGGGCUGCGGGGGCGGGGGCAGUCGAGUUCCUCCUACACCUACUCCUUCCUGCGCUCCGACGGCGACAGCUGUCGCGAUGCGGACGGGGCCGCCACAGGGGCGGAGGACAUGCUUUGGGAGAGAAUGGAUAAUGGCUCGUCUGAGGGAACAUCGAAGCGGAGACCUAUCCUGAAGGAUCCACCAUGGCUGGAGAAUGUGGAGGUGACCCCGGACCUGAUGUUCAGGUACCAGGUGUCUGAACGCGAGUUGAACGCUGUGCUGAAGGAUGACCUGCAGAAGUUGCGUGCCAUCUCACAGCCGAUGCUGGUGAACGAGCAGCUGGGCCAGCUGUACCUGGACAUGGCGCGCGCCGGCGGCAAGGAGCUGGGCUUCGAGGAGGGCGAGCUCACUUCCAGCAGCUCGGGGUCUGGCAACGACAGUGCCGGCGCGGAAGCCGGUGCCACACUCCACAGGACUCGCAAGAAGCGGCGCAGUUUGGAGUACAGCAAGCUGGUGAUGAUCUUCGAGGAGAAUGCGCCGAUGCCGUCACCCGUAUCGCAGCCGGCGUAGUGGACGCCUCCCAGCCGUAGCCCCAGGGGGCUUUCUCCAGCAACGCGCCACCGCGCGACACCCGCGUUCCUCGAAGGGGUUUGGCCCCGAGCUGCCCGCGGAUCUCCGGGAUCUGGAAGCGCUCGUCUCCUGGAGCCGACCCUUCCGGACAGAGUCCGACGGUUCACUCGCGAGACGGAGGAGCGUCGCAGGUGCCCGUGUCCUGCCCGCGGUACGGCCUCUCCCGCCACCUUUGCCGUGCACCUCUGUGGGAGUCACUGCAGCAGGUGUCUUCCCGGAGGCACCGGCACGGGAAUUCACCACAGUUUCCCGCAAGAGGAAAAUGGUCCCGCAAGGGGAACGGCGCAUUUUCCCCCGUGGGAAUCGCAGCCCGGUUGUCGAGCCUACUUCCCCGUGUACCUGAAAAGCGGACAGACAGCGAUAGGUCCCAGACUACCGAAUUUCCUUUACCGUGCAGGACUGCAGAAUGUUCCGCUCACCACCAUCAGUCCAUGUCUGCUCUUUCUCCUCGUGUGGAAUCGUCUACAGUGCUCUGGCCGGACAGUAUUAUACCUCGUGCCAUCACUGCGCUGCUUUCAGUGUGUCGUGUUCAAAUGUUCAAAGUGUCUGCACGUGUUUUGCUUCUAUAUCAUUCAGAGCAGAAAAUGUGUAGAGUUGCAUACAUCCAUUUUUUUAUUGGGAUGGGAGCCACAAGACUAGUGCCCCAUACCGAGGGGUCUACGGGCAUCUGGGAAGUAGUGCUGCCCUCGUCGCUCCAGUUCCGAGGGACCGGUGGAACGAACGACAACGAGAACGGCGGGCGAGACCGGUUUUCUGGGUCUCGCCGGGGAUGCGAGGUGCACGAGCGUACUUCACCGGCUGUACCGUCCUUAGCUCCGUCUUCGGGCUCGGCAAAUACGACAGCACACAGACUUAAUUAAUUCUCAGUGAGACUGAGCAGUGUUUUAUGAAAAUGAGCAAGGAUGUUUAAGGAAAAGAAGAGAAUUGAUAUCUUGUUUAAAUACAACAGACUGAAGAAGAAAAAAGCUGAAAUCAUUUUCAUUAAACGUAUAUGUUAUCGGAAGCUGUGGGAUGCUAGUCAGAUGCCAACUUUGGAAUUCAAAGUCGAGAAAAUUUCUUCAUUUUUUUCCUCUGUUCUGCUGCGCUUAAGCACUUGCUUCAUUUUUGAGCAAGUUCUUCCUAAUCCACCGUUGUGGAUCCUACGAUAAGAGACUAUAUUUUGUGCAAACUUUCAAACUCUAUUGAGACUUAUUUAUUUUACACUUUUCUUACUAUAGUCCAGUAUAAGGGCUUAUGAAGCCUGUACUGACUAGCUUUUGUACAUGUAGUUAUGUAAGUUGCAAGAAAUACUGCACAUUUAUUUUGUGUGUGUCUGUAUAUAUACAUAUAUUUGUGGAUAUAUUUGCUAAAUAACUUCGAAAUAAAAAAAGUUAUUUUUAA